UAAAAAGGGGGGGGAAGAGAGGCGCCCUAAACCCCACUUCUUUUUAAACACACUCGCUUCGUGCUUCUUUCUCUUCCUUCUCUUCUUCAACUCUUUUUUUUUUUCCCUUUUAUUUUUAUUCUGCAUACAACACCAUCACCACUUCAAACACGACAUCAAAGUACCAGAUCGAGUGCACCAUGUGUUCAUCAUGUGAAAAUCCAUGUCAGCAAACUCCAUCGCCGCCACCACCAUCUCCACCGCCGCCUAAACCAUCUUCACCACCACCUACAGUUCCUAACCCCAACUACUGCCCACCCCCUCCUUCUCCACCCACCUCCAGCGGUGGUGGAAACUACUACUACUCUCCACCACCACCUUCUCAAUCCAGCGGCGGAAAUAACUACUACGCUCCACCACCACCCGGUGGUGUCAUUGGUGGCAUGUACUACCCUCCACCAACGUACAAAAACUACCCAACGCCACCACCACCCAACCCUAUCGUCCCUUACUUCCCUUUUUACUACCAUACUCCGCCACCACCGUCAGAGGCGAGAAGCUUAUCAUCAACAAUCCAUUGGCUUUCUAUUUUUAUUUCCAUGUUGGGUUUUUUCCUUUCUUUCUUUUAAUAUUAAAAAAAAAUGUAAUUAAAGAAGAAAAGAUGGUGAAAAUAAAUGUAGAAGAUUUGCAGAUCUGAAGAAGCCAUUGCAGGGAUGAAAAAAAAAAAGGGAACUGAGAAAUUUCUGAAGAUAUAUGAAGUAAUAAUAUUUUUCUCUCCCUUUUUUUUUAAUAUUUAUUUUCUUCUUAAUGAUGUAGAUUUUAUCCUUUAAUUUUUGGUUUUAUGAUCAUUUUGUAUCUAUUUUCGUUCCAUAUUAAUGUUUAAUUACAAACUAAUAAGCAAGUUUAGUUCAUCUUCACAA